ACCAAAGUGUCAUAGAAAGAACUGAGUAUUGUGUUUAUUUUGUUGUUUGCGUAAAAUUUCUGUUUCUUCAAAAUACUGACUGAAACUAUUUUUCUUAAAUAAAAAAGUGAAAACAUGGGAUUUACAAUAUCAAUAUUCAACCGCCUACUGCUUUACUUUAAAACCGUGCUAGAAUCUGGGAGUGUGGGGAACGCCUCGUCGUCUGAUGAGGAGCUGGAGCAGUGGGAACAGAUUUUUAUGAUGAGAGACGAGAAUGGAAAUAGUUAUAAUGAUAAAAGGAAAAAGGGAAGCAUAUGGUGUCGACCGUCAUGUAUACCAGUAUCUAUAGUUAUAGUGCUGAUAGUCCUGGUCGUGUUGGUCCCCCUGCUCGACCAGCAGAAUGUAGCUCAGACUGCGCCACCUGCUCCGGUCAAUUUGCAUUGCUCAGACCAGUGUAGAUUAUCACUAGUAGAAAGUAUCCCAGAGGGCCACAUGUAUCCUCCAAACAUGACGCAUGUGGCUACAAAGAAUGUGUGGCUGGAUUUAAUAGAUGAAGCUCAAACAACUAUAGAAAUAGCCUCCUAUUACUGGAGUCUUAGGUUUAAUGAAGAAUAUCCCUAUAAUUCCUCUAUAGAGGGUGAGCAAGUGUUCCAAGCAUUAUAUGCUGCUGGGUCAAAAAGAAAUAUUAAUUUAAAAAUUGCUCAAAACUGGCCCACUAAGUUAUAUCCUAAUAUAGAUACUGAAUAUUUAGUUAAGAAGAAAGCUGCACAGGUGCGAAGUUUAAAUUUCUCCAAAUUGCUGGGAGGCGGGGUGCUGCACACAAAGUUCUGGAUAGUAGAUAGAACACAUUUUUAUAUCGGCAGUGCCAAUAUGGAUUGGAGGUCUUUGACACAGGUCAAAGAACUGGGUAUAGUCGCGUACAAUUGCUCCUGCCUAGCUACCGAUCUAGGAAAAAUAUUCGACGUGUAUUGGAGUUUGGGCGCUCCAGACGCGGUGGUGCCCGACACGUGGCCGGAGGACCUCAGCACGGACAUCAAUAUGGAGCAUCCUGUCAACAUGAGCGACAUCCAACACAACUACGGAGCUUUUAUUUCUAGUUCACCGCCGCCAUUCAGUCCCACGGGUCGUACGAAUGACGACGAUGCUAUCGUCAACAUCAUACAAUCUGCGGAGGAGUUCGUCUACAUAUCCGUCAUGGACUAUGCGCCGGCGCUCGAGUUCACACCCAAACUUAUGUUCUGGCCGAAAAUAGACGACGCGAUCCGUCGCGCGGCGCUGGAACACAAGGUGCAGGUCCGGCUGCUGGUCAGCCUCUGGAGACAUUCCAGGCCCUCGGAGGACUACUUCCUGCGCUCUCUGGCUGCGCUCUCCAACUCCUACCCGAGGGUUCAGCUCUAUGUGAAACGAUUUCUAGUUCCAUCAACGCCAGAGCAAGACAAAAUACCGUUCGCGCGCGUUAAUCACAACAAAUACAUGGUGACGGACCGUCACGCCUACAUCGGCACUUCCAACUGGUCCGGCGACUACUUCACCGACACAGCUGGAGUGGCCUUCGUGUUCCAGGACGAUAUCGGUUAUAGGAACGCGACCUAUGACCUCAGAAAAGAACUGCAGGAUGUGUUUGAAAGGGACUGGAACUCACCGUAUGCGGUGCCCUUGAGGAUGUUAUAGUAUUCCGUUUUCGUUUGCUCAGUUCUUAGGUUAAGUUCGUGUGUAUUUUUUAGGUAAUUUUUUUAUUAUGGAGGACGUGCUCGACUUACUUGUUUUGAUGUGGAUUAAAGAUUUAACUUUAAAGUAAUAAAUUGCAUAAACAAGUAAAAUCUUGGUGAAAUUUUUGAAUUAUUGUGAAUAUUCUAUAAUUUUCAAGCCUGUAAGUAGAAAGAGUUAACACAUUUCAUUAAAGUAUUUUUUGAUUUUCAAAUUGUUUGCUCAAAUCCUUUUUUAAUUAGUUGGUAGCAGUGUCUCGUGUACAUUCUUUUUUUGUGUCGAGAAGGUAAUCUAUCAUUAUAAUAUAAAUUAACCUAUGAUUUCAAAAUAAAUGCACUGUAUAAAUACAAAAUUUUAAAACAAUAUGUAUAUGAUGUAAAAAAUAUUUUACUUUUAACAAAGGAAAUAUUGGUUCGCAAACGCAGAGUACAUAUAGUAACAUCUCCUAGUCCAAAUUUAUUUGUUAGUGGCAAAAUAUAUAUAUUUUUAAAACAAUCUUUAAUAUUCUUUGUCGAUUAACAUCAAUUACUAUUCUUUUACUUUCGCUUUAUGAUUAAUUAUAGACAGCGUGCCUUUGUCUUUGUGUGUCUGGACGUAAAUAUUAGAUUUUUCUAAUUUUCUAUAGCAAUCUAUUUACAUAUUGACAUUUCAUGUAGAUUUUUUAUUGGAGUUGUAAAUUAUAAAGUUAAUCUUAAAAUAUCUUAGAACGUGAAAUAUACUACAUAAGCAUUAAAAUGAUUUCUUAAUCAUAUAAAUAUCUUAAUCAGUAUUUUAUGUGUUUUAAAAUAUAUUGUUGUAAUUUAAUAUGAAAAAUAUGCACUAAGGAAUUGUUACGAAACCAUUUUAACUGUACUUGUAAUCAUAUCAUUGUAUAUCGUUAUUUCAAUUUACAUAAUAUACUUAUGUAAUAAAAUUAACUACAGAAUUAGUAGUGGAUAAAAAUAAAAUAUGUAUGUUUCUUAAUGAAACUUUAUAAUAUUAUCAGUAUAAUUAAAUUAGUUUUGGAAAUAAUAUAUAAAUCGCAAGAAAAAAACAGGGUUACUGGUAUCUAACGCGUAACCUUCCAAAGGCGCAUAUGGUACAUAGAGACUAACAUCUUUUGUUUUACGACUUUUGUCUAAACGUAAUAAAUACAGAAAUUUUCCUUUUUUUUGUGUUAAUGUAGUUAACUCUAUGUUGGAUUCUGCUACAUAACGUUACUGUACUGUCUCUAGAGACAGUACACGUAACACGAGACAGUAUAACCUAGUUUUUAUAUGAAUAAAAAAACUUCGAAUUACGAAAAGUCGUAGAAUAAAAGUUGCUUGUUUUGAUGUACUCAAGUAGUCUUUAGGACGUUUUGAGUUUGAUACCAGUAACCCUGUAUAUUUCAGUCAGUUGCAAUAUCUAUGAAACGAAGUACUUUGACAGUAUUUAAUUUCCAUUGCAAAAACAAUGAAAAAUAUUCUCAUAUUUUCAAUUAGUGGCGAGACUUUUCAAAAUUAACUUCCAUGAAUGUUUUUUUUUUAAAUAAUAUAUUGUAUUACUUAUAUAAUAAUUAAUUAUUGUCGUGAGAAAACUUCGAAAGCAAUAGUAUGAUGUGUGAAGCGACGCGGGCAUGUGUGAUAUUUGAAUAUUGGAUUUGUAAAUAAAGAUUUUACUUCGUAA